AUGAACCAGCCGACUUCUAUGGGGCAACUAAUGCAACGCAUCAAUAAGCACAUCCGAGUAGAGGAUGAUGCGGCGGCAUCCACCGCGAAGACAAAUCCGGUGGCAACGGACAAAAGGGUGGCUGGCAAGAUACACGAGGUCGCACAGGAGACAAACCAUCCAAAUGAUCGCGUGGGGGAAUCCAACCGUGGUCCAAAUCGUAGAAACCGGGGUAAAGGUCGCCGCAAUGACAGGGCAGAACAUCCCCGCGAUGAUGCAGCUGAUGCAAACAGAAAGUUGAACGCUCGGAUGGGCAUCACCACGGUAUUUAAGAUUCCAAUCUAUCGCAUACUUAGUGAAAUCCGCGAUGAGGAUUAUGUUCGAUUUUUCGCUAGGUUAGGUGAUGCGCAAAAGGGCUUCAAUCCGCGGUACCGUUGCACAUUUCAUGGGGAGCGAGGGCACCGGACGGAAGACUGCUUGCCCUUAAAGCAACACUUGGAGGAGCUAGUCGAAGUUGGUCACUUAGACCUUUACAUCGAUGGGGGCGUUAGAGCCGCACACAGCACCCCGGCUGAUCCGAGUGGUUCGGAUGACCUAGAGGCGCCCCCUCAAGGAGUGGUCAAUGUGAUUCACGGCAUUGUGGAGCUGGCGCGGGGCAAGACCGAGGAGAAAGAUGUGAUUAGCUUCUCAACUAGGGACCUAGAGCGCAUUCAAACGCCACACAACAACGCCCUAGUAGUCACUCUCCGCGUCAGAGACUUUGAUGUCAAGCGCAUCUUGAUUGACCAAGGAAGCUCAGUUGAGAUUAUGUACUACGACGCGUUUAAGCAACUCAAACUCCAGGAUACAGACUUAGCUCCAGCAACUUUGCCACUAGUCGGUUUCAACUCACAAUCGGAGUGGUCUAUGGGAAAGAUAAUCUUACUAGUCAAAGCCGGAUCCUUUGUCAAGCAGGUGGAGUUCUGGAUAUUGAAAGUGCCGUCCACAUACAACCUGAUCUUGGGUAAGGGAUGGCUUCAUGCCAUGCAGGCAGUAACGUCAACCUACCACCAGGUUAUGAGGUUCCCCUCGGCUAUGGGAGAAGUUGAGGAAAUUUGGGGCGAUCAAGUCAUGUUGAAGCAAUGUUUCGUGGUAGUGAACGGGAGCCGAGCUGCCAAGGGCUUCGUCCAAAUGAUUGAAGGUCUGGAAGACCAAGGUGUCCUUGACGAUGUGGGCGCCAAGGCCGAGGACAAGGCUAUUGAAGAAUUGGUGGAAGUGCGGAUUGACACCAAAAGUCUAAACAAGUUCUUUUUGCUAAGGUCCAGUCUGACCGCCCAAGAAAGGACCGAGAUGGUAGAUUUCUUUAUGGCGAAUAUUGAAGUCUUUGCAUGA